AUGACCCAUCCUCUACUGCUCGCUGGGCUCUGCUUCGCCUGGUAUCUCAGCUACGCGUCGGGGCUCGGCAAUACAACGACGUUCACUGCUAAGUCUUCGGGAAAUGGAAAGCGCUUCUCUGGAAGUCCUCUGCUGAGCACAAAAGUGAGCCGUCCACUGGAGUGCUUGCGAUUGUGCGGCGAUGCUGCGCCACGCUGUUUCUACUUCAACUACAAAGGCGGUGCGUGUGAGCUGAUGAACAACUUGACGACUCUUGUGGCUGCUCCAGGCUGGGCCUAUUACUCCAUGGUACCGCCACCACCUAAACAGGAUCCUUGUGCUAGCAACCCGUGCAAUGCAGCAAAAGUUUGUGUGCCGUACUCUCUGGAGACCGAGCUGCCGUACAACCCCGGUGUCCUGCCCCUGCCAGGUUAUAUCUGCUCCGGCGCACAGCUCUAUCUUGACAAGCGCAGUCAAGGCAAAAGUUGCGAACUUGUGGUUGUCAAAGGCGUGGACGUCUACGGGCACGACUUAUACAAUGGGUAUAACCCCCUCUCCGAGGCCUUUUAUCGCUGCUCCGACUACAACUGCGUGAUGUUGCUCAUUGUUUUUUUCUCGGACGGGAGGACACUGACACUCAUCAAGUCCUCGGCGCCUAUUCUGGGUGCCACAAACUCUUCUUACGUGUACCCGGGUCUGGUAGUGGUCGGCUGGUUCCCUGAGUGUACCUGAAACACGCACCGCCGGAGCGGCUUGCGGAACAUCAUAUGUGUAUCUGGAGGGCGA